GGAAGGAAAUAAUUUACCUAAUUAUUCUAAAUGUUCGUCUUGCUGUGACCAAUAUCACUGUCCGUUCUGCUCAAUACAUUAUUAUAAACCGUCAGGAGAAAGUCACCUCAAGCGUCAUCUUCAAUUACAUUUUAACCGAGCAGUUCAACAUGAGGUACGCCCUACACAUUGUAUUAAAUGAACCCGUUGAUUUCACUGCUCAUGACAUUCCAGUCAUCAGGCGGUGGUGGUGCCUUCUCCUCAUGGAGAAUUUUGCUCUUGGAGGACAUGGAAGGUGGCUUGCACACUGGGCUGAGGAGGCCAUGGCGGUUGGAUCUUGCCUCACUGACAGUGAACCGAUGAAUGGACCAGGAGAAAUUGAGUAUGGCGUAGGAGCGCUGGAGGGGGUCACGCCACCACACAAUCUUGAGAAUGCCAAUAUGAUGAGCAGCAUCAGGAAAGGUGUUGAAUGGUUGAAGGAAAAUCACCAGCUGAUGAAGAGCAAGUACUUGCCACCACGCAUUGACUGCAUGGAGGAGGAAGAUGCACUGAAAGCCCUUGCUCGACUGCAUACACAUUGUGACACAACUUUGGAUGAGGAUGAUGAAAUAAGAGCCCCAUUCUAUUUUACAUUUAAAAACAGGGAGGACAUGCUCCUUUUCAUGUCAGAGGUUAGGGACAACAAAAAUGUUUCCACUAAGGAAGACACAGGAAACAGCGUUCUUGGCUUCAAAGGUUUUGGCACCAGUGUAAAGGUUUCCACUAAGGAAGACAUGGGAAACAGCGUUCUUGGCUUCAAAGAAAAAUUCAGAGACUAUCUGUAUUACGCACCAACCUUUACAGUGUUCAGCGACAAUAACCCAUUGACCUAUGUCCUGACCUCGGCAAAGUUGAACGCCACCAGGUGUAGAUGGGUAUCAGAGCUCGCAGACUUCCACUUUACCAUCUGCUACCGUCCCGGUAGGGAAAACAUAGAUGCAGACUCACUCUCCAGGAUGCCAGUUGACCUGGAAACGACAAUGAGAGAAUGUACUGAGGAGUUCUCAUCAGACUGUGUGGGUCUGAUGAGACUGUGA